GUGAUGUAUAUAGUCAAGGUCGGUAAUACCAGGUUUGUUUCUCAUUUGGUGUUCACUAGUUGAUUAGGAUGGUUCAAUCCUGGGUACUCUUACCAUUGGCUUUAGCUGUGUUUAUUUCUUCUCAGAUUCAAACUGCAUCAGCGAAUAAAACAGUGCCAUGUUAUGACGUAAACAACUGUGAUAUUGGCUACCAAGUAUGCGAUACUUCAACAGGAAAAUGUGUGGAUAACCCCUGCAGCGUGGUCCGCUGCAUGGGCAAGUGUGUGGUGGUAUACAAGGAAUGUCCUGAUGGUGAAUUCCCGUGUCCUCCCAGAGCCGAAUGUCAACCAAGAGAGGGCGAGUGUUAUAAAGACAGCCACUGCAAAGGCAACGACAUUUGCGAUUCAGGAAAAUGCAAAGAAAACCCUUGUAAUACUGUGGAUUGCCGCUCCGGUUACGAGUGUUACAUAAAAACAGUUCAAUGCAUCCGAGCCCCUUGUCCUCGAGUGGCUGCAUGUCGACUAGACAAAAAAUGCGGUGAAUAUACCUGUAAGUCUCACGAAGUGUGUGACCGAUCAGCAAGCGAGUGUAUUGAAAACCCGUGCAACUACGCCAAGUGUGGCCCAGGCAAAGAGUGCCGAGUGAACUACGUCCAGUGCUUCAAAGCCCCGUGUCCGCCACUGGCCGAGUGUGUUCCCACGGCUGGCUCAUGUGAUGAAGUCAGAUGUGACGAAGGCAGCCACUGUGAGGAUGGAGCUUGUGUGUUGGACGACAGAUGUGCUCUCGUACUGUGUAUUACUGGCUCGUACUGCUACAAGGGCAGCUGCUUCAAGGAAGUCGAGUGCGGAGAAGGCGAGUGUGGACCAGCCCAGAAGUGCUACACUGGAACCGAGCCCUGCAAUCAACCUCAUUGCCCUUCAAAGAGGAUCUGCGUAACAGACAAGUGUGCUGUUGUGAGGUGUCGCAGUGGGACUCAUUGUGUUGAUGGAAAGUGUGUGCCUCGCGACCCAUGCCUGUAAACGUUUGUACACCAACCAAGAACAAUACACUUAUACUGCAGUAAAGU